AUGCCUCGCUCACCUGGGCCGCACACGCGGGUGGGCGGGGGCUCCACCUGCAAGACAGCGUCCCGAGACCCCGCGGCCACCACCGCCCCCUGCAUCCUCCCGGGCUCCCCUCGCUCGCCCUCACCGUCCCCCAACACAUGCCGGCGGCCGGGCCGUGCGCCCGCAGGCUGGCGCGCCGCUCGCACUCGGCGCUGCUGGCCGCGCUCUCGGUGCUGCUGCUGCAGACGCUGCUCGUGUGGAAUUUCAGCAGCCUGGACGCGGGCGGCGCCCCGCGCCCGCCGCCGCCGCCGCCGCCCCCCGGCCCCGCGCCGCGCGCGCCGGGACCUGCCGCCCCCCGGGGACGCGGGGCGCGCGGCGCUGCCCGUCCGGCCGCGGGACCCGCAGCCGAGCCCGCUGAUCUCUCGGGAGAGCCAGGACGGCUACUUCUCCCACCGGCCGAAGGAGAAAGUGCGGACGGACAGCAAUAACGAGAACUCCGUCCCCAAGGACUUCGAGAACGUGGACAACAGCAACUUCGCGCCCCGGGCGCAGAAGCAGAAGCACCAGCCCGAGCUGGGCAAGAGGGCCCUGAGCCGGCAGAAGGAGCUUCUGAAGCGGAAGCUGGAGCAGGGGGCCCCGGGCCAGGGUCCCUCGCGGCCCCCCGGGAACAGGGCACCAGGGACCGGCAGCCGCGGGAAGGACGCGCCCCGGACGCCCCACGCCAAGAGGAGCGGCGCCGGCGCCCCUGACGCCAGGUACGAGCCGCCGCCCAGGUGCGACAUCUCGGGCAAGGAAGCCAUCUCCGCGCUGUCCCGCGCCAAGUCCAAGCACUGCCGCCAGGAGAUCGCCGACACCUACUGCCGCCACAAGCUGGGGCUGCUCAUGCCCGAGAAGGUGGCUCGGCUCUGCCCGCUGGAAGGCAAGGCCAGCAAGAGUGUGCAGUGGGACGAGGACGCGGUGGAGUUCCUGCCCGCAAACCCCGUGCGCAUCGCCUUCGUGCUGGUGGUCCACGGCCGCGCCUCCCGGCAGCUCCAGCGCAUGUUCAAGGCCAUCUACCACCGGGACCACUUCUACUACAUCCACGUGGACAAGCGCUCCAACUACCUGCACCGCCAGGUGCUCCAGCUGGCCAGGCUGUACCCCAACGUGCGUGUGACCCCCUGGAGGAUGGCCACCAUCUGGGGCGGGGCCAGCCUGCUGGCCACCUACCUGCAGAGCAUGCGCGACCUCCUGGACAUGCCCGACUGGCCCUGGGACUUCUUCAUCAACCUCAGCGCUGCCGACUACCCCAUCAGGACCAAUGACCAGCUGGUGGCCUUCCUGUCCCGAUACCGAGACAUGAAUUUCCUGAAGUCGCACGGCCGGGACAACGCCAGGUUCAUCCGCAAGCAGGGCCUGGACCGGCUCUUCCUGGAGUGCGACGCGCACAUGUGGCGCCUGGGGGACCGGCGCAUCCCCGAGGGCAUCGCGGUGGACGGCGGCUCCGACUGGUUCCUGCUCAAUCGGAAGUUUGUGGAGUACGUGACGUUCUCCCCCGACGACCUGGUGACACAGAUGAAGCAGUUCUACGCCUACACGCUCCUGCCGGCCGAGUCCUUCUUCCACACGGUGCUGGAGAACAGCCCCCACUGCGGCACCAUGGUGGACAACAACCUGCGCGUCACCAACUGGAACCGGAAGCUGGGCUGCAGGUGCCAGUACAAGCACAUCGUGGACUGGUGCGGCUGCUCCCCCAACGACUUCAAGCCGCCGGACUUCCACCGCUUCCAGCAGACGGCACGGCCCACCUUCUUCGCCCGCAAGUUCGAAGCGGUGGUGAACCAGGAAAUCAUCGGGCAGCUAGACUAUUACCUGUACGGCAACUACCCGGCGGGCACCCCGGGCCUCCGCUCCUACUGGGAGAACGUGUACGAGGAGCAGGACGGCGUCCACAGCCUGAGCGACGUGGCGCUGACCCUGUACCACGCCUUCGCCCGCCUGGGCCUGCGGAGGGCCGAGUCCUCCCUGCACACGGACGGGGAGAACAGCUGCAGGUACUACCCCAUGGGCCACCCAGCCUCUGUGCACCUCUACUUCCUGGCCGACCGUUUCCAGGGCUUCCUCAUCAAGCAUCAUGCCACCAACCUGGCCGUGAGCAAACUCGAAACGCUGGAGACGUGGGUGAUGCCCAAGAAGGUCUUUAAGAUCGCCAGCCCGCCCAGCGACUUCGGGAGGCUGCAGUUCUCUGAGGUUGGCACCGACUGGGACGCCAAGGAACGGCUCUUCCGCAACUUCGGGGGUCUCCUGGGGCCCCUGGACGAGCCGGUGGGCAUGCAGAAGUGGGGCAAGGGCCCGAACGUGACGGUGACUGUGGUCUGGGUGGACCCGGUCAACGUCAUCGCCGCCACCUACGACAUCCUGAUUGAGUCCACGGCCGAGUUCACCCACUACAAGCCCCCGCUGAACACGCCGCUCAGACCUGGUGUCUGGACCGUGAAGAUCCUGCACCACUGGGUGCCUGUGGCCGAGACACGCUUCCUCGUGGCCCCGCUGACCUUCUCCAACAGGCAGCCCAUCAAGCCCGAGGAGGCGCUGAGGCUGCACGGCGGGCCCCCGCGCAGCGCCUACAUGGAGCAGAGCUUCCAGAGCCUGAACCCGGUGCUCAGCCUGCCCCUGGUCCCCGCGCAGCUGGAGCAGGCCCGCAGGAACGCGGCGGCGGGCGGCGCGGGGCUGGAGCGCUGGCUGGACUCGCUGGUGGGCAGCAUGUGGACGGCCAUGGACGUGUGCGCCACAGGCCCCACGGCCUGCCCCGUCAUGCAGGCCUGCAGCCAGACGGCCUGGAGCUCCUUCAGCCCCGACCCCAAGUCCGAGCUGGGCCCGGUCAAGCCCGACGGCCGGCUCAGGUAGCAGCGGCCCCGCGGGCACCACCGCCGACCUCAGACGGAGCACAGCCAGCGAGAG